AUGGCUUCCCUGAAAAUUGUUAUUCCAAUCACCCUCUUGAUUGUGUUGUUUACCUUCUCUGAAGCUAGAGAGUUUGUGGUUGGAGGCCAUGAAAAUUCAUGGAGUUUUCCAACUUCUUCAGACUCUCUUAAUGGCUGGGCUCAGAAAGAGCGAUUUGAAGUUGGCGAUAUUCUUAUCUUUGAUGAAUCCGACCCCUUGAUUGACUCAGUACUUGAAGUGACAAAGGAUGACUACGAUAAAUGCUACGUAUCAAAUCCAAUCAAAGAACAUACGGAUGUCAACACCAAAGUAGAGUUGGACAGGUCAGGACCAUUCUAUUUCAUAAGUAACGCUGUGGUGAGCUGUGAGAAAGGCCAGAAGCUGACUGUGGUUGUGUUGCACAAGCAUCCUAAGCCUCCUCCGCCACCAGGUCAUGCAUCAAGUCCAGCACCAUUGUCUUCGCCACAAAAGGGUCCUGCACCAAGUCCAGCAACAUUGCCUCCGCCACCAAAGGGUCCUGCACCAAGUCCAGCACAACCGGCUCCUCCACCAAAGAAUCCUGCAUCAAGUCCAGCACCAUUGUCUCAGCCACUAACAGCUGGUGCGUUUGGAUUGAGGGGUGGAUUUUUUGGUAUUGUUGUGGGAAUUUUGAGUUUGAUUGCAGAAGAGAGAUGUGAACUUGAACUUCGGAGAUAUGAAAAGAUUAUCAAUUUAUCAUGA